GAGCAUUGCAUCCACUGCUCAGCCCUAUUGCAUAACUCACUUCUCCUCCCACGGUUGAGAAACGAAACCCUGUGAUAACGAUCUUGCAUUCUCUCAGGUCCCUCUGCCCCAGCGGAUCUGUCCUAUCUGUUCACCGCUGGUUCUUGUCACAGUCAAUGAUUUUCCUUGUAUUUCCUUACGAUUUUCAAUAGCGGAGCUGGAGAGGGCAGAGUUUCGCCACCAUAGCUGGGUGCAGGGUGGAGGGGCAGGAGGAGGGUGCUGUGCCGUGAACCGUGCGAGGUCCAUCAAGCAGCAGGACCUCCCCAGAGCCCUCCUCUCCUCGCUAUAAAUAGGAGGAUCCCCAGCCUCACCACACAGCGGUGUCCAGCUCAGGAUCACUCCAGCUCUUCUCCCACCAGCCUCGCUGAGAUCCCGGCUCGACCCCAGCCAUGAGGUUCCUCUGCCUCGUCUUCGCCGUCUUCCUGCUGAUCUCCCUGGCCGCCCCAGGCUACGGGCAGGUGAGGAAGUACUGCCCCAAGGUCGGGUACUGCUCCAGCAAGUGCUCCAAGGCGGACGUGUGGUCCCUGUCCUCCGACUGCAAGUUCUACUGCUGCCUGCCGCCCGGCUGGAAGGGGAAAUAAGGGCUGGGCAAGCAGCCCCCGCGGACCAGGAGGCAGCUUGGUGGCUUUGGGAGCGGCUUCUCAACUGCCACCCCCUCCUCUGGAUAAAUAAAAAGAGACAAAAAGAUGUAA